AGAUGGCUCGGCCCAGAGCCCGUGUAAACAAGCAGGACAGCAGCCGUGUGCUGGGCUGCAUCAGCUGAGGCGGGGCCGGGGUCACGGGCGCCAGAGCAAGGUGGGGUGCUUGGCUGGGAGUAUUGGAGGUGACCUUGACCUUCCCGUGUGCUGCGGUCAGGACUGAAGAGAUGAAAGGCUCGCCCACACAGCAAGUUCCAGUGUUAGGUAGGAAAGGAUGAUGCACUAACAGAAGAUACAAAGGAAGGCAGACAAAGGACAAGAGGAAGAUGAGUGUGGGAAACAUAAACAUUCAUUGUCCAUGGGAGGACAACUCUCCUGAACCUCUCCUGGAUAUCUGUGGAAAAUAUGUCAUUGGUCAUCCUGAGACAUUCUGUGUCAAGCACCAAUAUAGUGGGCUGUGGUUCUUGCGACCAGGCACGGCUCUCCCAACAGAAUUGUGUGAAAAACUAAUAAGUUUGUGGCAAGACAAGGAUCCAGAAGCGCUUGAUGAUAGGUUUAUUAAUAUAUUCAGAGAUUUGACAAAUACAAGGCUAAAGAGAGUAAAUUUGAGAAACUCAUCGGUGUCAGACGAUGGCCUUAGUGUUCUUCUCGCUCAUAAUUUAAUUGAACUUGAUAUUAGUAAUUGUAGUAAACUCUCAGAAAGAACAUUAGACAAUAUAAACAAGUAUUGUGACAGUCUCAUGACACUAGUGAUUGGAAAAACUAAAGACAUAUUGCCAAGUUCUGUGUUAUCCUGGUCCCAUGCUGAGUCCAGUAAUGAUUUUGAAAACAGCCCAAUAAAGGAGGGGAAACAGAGAGACUACAUCCUACGAACCCCUAACCUGCGGAAGCUGGUGGUGCGGGAGCUGAUACAGCCCAAGCACCAUGAGUACUUCGUCAUGCUCCUGCAGCCACUAACCAGGCUCACUCAUCUUGACCUGUCUGGCUGCUUCUUCCUUCAUGACAUCAAGUACAUCCUCCCCAUGAAGAAUCUAGUCUCCAUCAACCUCCACAAUGCACAGAGAAUACAAGAUGCAAUCCCAGUUCUUUCAGAAAUCAAAACAUUAAAAUUUUUAGAUGUGUCACAAGCCAACCAGACGUACGGCAUGUUUGAGUGUCCUAAUACAACACUUGCCAACCUGGUGAUGAGCCUGCCAAACCUUAUAAGUUUGGAUAUUUCCGGCACAAACUUGUCAGGGGACGGCACCUUUGAUGAGUACCGAGAGUCUGACACCAAAGGGAGGAGCAGAGACAGAGAUUCAGAAACAGACUUGUGUGAUAUUCCUGGACUGAGGAGUCGCAUCAACAAUCCCCUGGAGUUUCUAGGUCUUUACAACACUCAUCAUGAUGCUUGCCACAGAAACCACAUCCCUGCUAAGGUGAUCACAGGAGAUGCCAAUGAAGAACAGAUAUUAGCAGCUACAGCAGCUUACCUGGAUCGGCCUGAGGUCCUGGUCAAAGCCCUAAAUGAACUGUUCCACAUUUUCCGGUUUGAGACCUGCCAUUACCAGCAGCGAGCCCUGAACCUCAUCUUACUGGCUAUGCUUAGGCACCGCUGGGAGAAACACAUUCAGAUAUCCGGAAGUGCAUCACUAUUCUACAUAGCCAAGAGUGAAGACAAGAGCAGUCUGAGUGUGAGGGCAAGACAGAAGAUGAUAGUAGUAUUGCUAGACGCCAUGGAGACCCACCUCAAUGACUCCACAAUGAUGCGCAAUGGCUGCCUCACUCUCUGCCAGUUCAGGAUACCUCAAGACGUGCUGUUUGAGUAUCGGCGUCUAGUGCAACUGCUGCUGCGCCUUAUCAAGGGUAGAGGAGACGGAGAUGACUUUGUGCGAAGGAUUGCCAUCUAUCUUCUCAAUUCUCUUGCCUGCCAAGUUGAUGGGGAACAGAAAGAACUUGUUGGAGAUUUAGGAGCUAUAGAAACAAUGCUGAAGCUCAUUAGUGACCGGCUGCAGAGUCACGUGCAUGAUGACAUGCUGGAGAUUGCCUGGUCGGCCAUGUGGAAUGUUACAGAUGAGACUCCUGUCAACUGCCUCCGCUUCCUCAAUGGCGAGGGAAUGACAUACUUUCAAAAGUGUCUUAAGGAAUUUCCUGAUAAACCUGAGUUACUGAGGAAUAUGAUGGGACUGUUGGGCAACGUGGCAGAGGUAAAGGACCUGAGACACCGCCUCAUGACGCCAGAUCUCCUCACCACCUUUGCUGACCUCCUUGAUUCCAACUCCGAUGGCAUUGAGGUGAGCUACAAUGCUGCAGGAGUGCUGUCCCACAUCGCCAGUGGUGGGGCAGAGGCUUGGACCAUUGAUCGCCCCACACGGGCCGAGGUGUUAGAGAGGAUGGUGGCAGCAAUAGAGCGCUGGGACCUGGCCUCAAAACGCAACAUUAAUUACAGGUCAUUUGAACCCAUUCUAAGGCUGCUUGAAGUUUACCACACUCCUCAGUGCCAACACUGGGCUGCCUGGGCACUGGCUAACCUAACUCGAGUUUAUCCUGAAAAGUACUGCACUCUGGUGGAGGAAGAAGGAGGCCUACAGCUUCUACAAGCCCUUCUUGCCUCCCCAACGCCAUACCAUCGCAUUAAGGAUUUAGCAAGGACUGUCAUCAUUCAAUGCCAACACUACAAGGAGGAUGGGUCCCUAGAGCGAAUGGAUUUGGAUUCAAAUUCUUAAGGAAACAUGAUUCAAGUUUGAGUCAUUCAUAAGUGUCUAGAAUGACAUUUUAGUGUGAUAUUUGUUGUUUUCUCAUUUGACAGUGUCUGGUGAUGAUUUUUUUUCUUGGCAGAGUUAAUCAAACAGAAAAGUACUUCUUUGGCAUUCAUGUAAGGAAAGAGUUUUUUGUGCCCACUUAUGAGAUUUUAUGCCGAGUCACACUGUCUUAAAAAAAGUUGAAUAUAUUAAUCAAAGGUAAAUGGUUUGAGCUUCUGAUAGUGAUAUGACUUAUAUUUGUUGUCAAUAUGUUGGUAAUAUAUUAUCAGGCAUUAAUUGAUUUGUCACUACAUAUGUGCUCACGAAACUCCACUUCAUUAUAAAUUGAUUUUUUGAUGCAAAUUUUAAUAAAUACUCUAUGCAUU